AAGUUUGCCUUGACCUGUUGUCGGACUCGGCGCAGUUGGUGGCCCUCCAAACAACAUUCCGUUGCGCGCUACUGCCGCGGUUUAUGUGCAGCAAAGCCUUGUGUAGUCUUCCAUCAUAGCUGCUUGGCGGUCAAACUCUCGUCAAUGCCACCUUCAAGUGCCAACGCAAAUGUCCCGCGUUUUAUUGCCCUACCACCUCCCGCGUUCCCCCCUGGGGCCCUUUCUCCACCAAUCACUCCAGACGAUCCUCUGGCCAGCCCUCUCUGGUCGCCAGCCCUCGACGCUUACCAUACCGCACCCUCAACACCCAUCGCAUCCCCUGCUCUCGAAAUACCACCGCCCCCUACUACCCACCGUGUCCCUUUAGAAGCCGUUGCCUCAAAGCUACACAUCGCCAUACCAAAUACGACGAAGCCGGAAAUUGAUGUAGAGGAUGCUUUUCCUACUGGCGAAAUACCUCUGGAUUUCGUCGACAACGACGAAGGCCUUACAGCUCUCGAAAAGAUUUACCUUUUUGCACGUAGUCCUUCAGUGCAUCACCGAUUAUAUAUCGUACACGCCCUACCCUCCUUGCUCGACCAAGUUACCCCACAGGAAGCUAUUGACUUUGUUCUGCCGUUGAUCCCAUACCUGGCCAUUGACGAAGAUGAACGAGUCAAAGAGGCACUGGUGACCGAGUUGGUUUCGAUCAUCUGGUGGUUUUUUACUAACUGUCAAGUCGUUUUCGACAUCCCAAAUGUCGAGGAAACGGUUUAUUCAUCAUCUACAAGCACGAUUCCUGUCCAAGCAUUCACUCCAACACUCGGCACGCUACUUCUGAGCCCAAACAGCAAGGUCUGCGGGGGUGCAAGAUAUGCUGUUGUCAACCUUCUCACCAGAAUGAGGAAAGUCGACAAUCUCCAGUCCACGGCCCCAGCCCCACUGUCUGGUUCUGACUCUUCGGAUUCUGACUCUGCAGCAGAAGAUGCAGAGGAAAUUGUUGUUGGCCUAUUCGGAAAGGAAGAGCGACUCAUGUUUGAACACGAGCUGGUAGAACAGGUCGUCAUCGGCAUGGGAAGACUUGACACUGAGGAUGACGUCGAUGUCGACUCGAAUUCGGCCAACAUCAGUCAGGAAGGCGGUUGGCCUGUUCAACAUGGCUUUCCCCCAGGCAUCACAGUCGUCACUCCUGAAGAGGAAGUUCAGAGCCAAGCUCUGACUUCCUUUAACCUGGAAAAACAGUCGCCCACCUCCCCUCUCGUGACCUCUUACUUCCCAGCGUUACCUGAUUAUUCAGUGCCUUCGCCUGGCAGCUCGAAUUCAUCAACUCCUUCUUCGGCAACGGACACGUCUUCGUCUUCAUCUUCUUCCAGCCCCGCAAAACAUUCCCCGCCAAUAGAGCAACCUGCUCGACCCUCAAGAACGCCGGGAUCACCUUUCAAUGAGGUACCACCGAGAAGUCCGAAUACCACAGCAUCUCCCCGCCCGAAAACAAACGUGCCAUCUAGCGCCAGCGAUGCGGGCACAGAUGAGCGGAGAACGGAGGGGACCGAUGACGGCGAGGGAGACCAGGCGGCAAUGGGCCGGCUUUCCAGCAUGAGUCUUAUGGCUGCCGUCACUGCGAGCGGUUGCUUGAAUGAUUAUGCCAAGGACGCUUUCGUGAAAGAAGUUCAGCGGGUUGGUCAUGAUCCAGUUUACUGGGUGAGGCGAGAGUCCUCGUACGCUCUUGGGGCCUUGGCCAAGGUCGUCCCAGAUGAGGUAGUUGUAUUAUCACUGGUUCCAUUAUUCGACACUUUACGUCAAGACCCCCAAUGGCAUGUUCGCCAUUCGGCAUUGUUUGCUCUGCCAGCAAUGCUAUCAAGAUUAAAGCCUGCUCAUCGGCGGAAGCUUGCUCUCGAUACAAUCUUGUCGUUGUCUAUGGACGAGUCCCACCCCGUUCGAUCUGGCACAUUGGAAUCGCUGGGCGAAGUGCUACAUACGUUUCGGGAAGACCCUGAUGGUCCUCCACAAGAGCUUGUCCACCUCUUUCUCGGCAGGAGAGAGGACAAACGUGUUAGAGAUGGACAACAGGCAGCGGACAAUCGGGAACAAGCUCUUGGGUCUUUGUUUGGGCGACCAGUUCACCAGGACGCAUUAAGACCACAGAGCCCUUCAACAUCCUUCUUCACCGAUCCGCUACGACCAUUAAUAUGCGCCUUUAAUUUCCCAGCUGUCACUCUAACUUUGGGAUCUUCUCGAUGGGGCGAGUUGAGGCCAACAUAUCUCGACCUCGCUGAAAAUCCAGAAGCGAGUGUAAGACGAUCCUUAGCGGCGAGCCUCGGAGAGAUGGCAAAGAUUAUCGGCAGCGUAGCUGCUGAACAAGACCUUUUACCGCUCUGGUGGGUCGCGAUCCGCUCCGACGAAGAAGAAAUACGGGAACGAGCGUUAGACUGUGUUCAGGACCUUGUGGCAAUGCUAGAAAAACCUGCUCGACUAUCUGUCGUCAGCGGCUUAUUAGCGGUAUGGCAAGAAGGCAACUUUCGUGGCUGGCGAGAGCGCAAAGCCAUUGCCAAAGCUUUAAAGAGCUUCGCCACGACGUCGCUCCUAGACAAUCCCAAAUUACUCCGCAAUAUAGCCAGACAGGCUUUGGAGGACAGUGUUGCCGCUGUGCGUGAAGCGGCACUUUCUGCGCUUCCCUACCUGUGGGAUCUGUUUAUGGCUGAUUUACAAGUCCUAUCGGACCUGAGAGCAGAUGUUGAGAGGCUAGCUGUCUCACAAGUCUAUCGACAUCGAAUGACGUUUGCGGCGUGUCUAGAGUCGCUGUUAUCAAGUUCAUUGAGAAUACCGUGGGAUGAUCAACUGUGGUCCAUGAUUCCGAUACUUGCAGAUGAUGCUGUAGUCGGUGUCCGAAUCUCUGUUGCCAGAUUAGUGCGUCUUGCAUCAGAUGGAUCCCCAGCGCACCAUCGCGGGACAUUUUUGGCUGACCUGAUGCGUCACCUUGCUUUGGAUACUUCUUUUGAUGUGCGAGCCUAUGCUCAUGGCUCCUAUAACGUAGCCCAGCCCACUCGGAGAGCCAAAUUCGCCACAUUCUCGCGUCCACCCCCACUACCAGACGCGUUCGCGACCGAAACGCUUUCAGGGUCAAUCAACCCAUCUUCUCCCAGGGAAGCAACUCAGUCCACCAACCACUUGCAGUUAGCUACCGGCUCACCUGCAGCUGGUGGACCACCUCAGGAAGAGCGAAGUGUCUAUGUACCCGCGUGA